AAGAAAUUUCAUUUUUGUUGAUAAGUGAAAUGGGUAGCCUUGAAGCUGAGAGAACAACAACAGGAUGGGCUGCCAGGGAUCCCUCAGGGAUCUUGUCUCCUUACACUUACACUCUUAGGAACACCGGUCCUGAGGAUGUUUUUAUUAAGGUCACUUGCUGUGGGAUCUGCCACACUGAUAUUCAUCAAACAAAAAAUGAUCUUGGCAUGUCAAACUAUCCAAUGGUUCCUGGGCAUGAAGUGGUUGGUGAGGUAGUGGAAGUUGGUUCAGAUGUAACCAAGUUCAGAGUCGGAGAUGUCGUCGGCGUUGGUUGUGUCGUAGGAUGUUGCAGAAGCUGCCGACCAUGCGACACAGACAAUGAACAAUACUGUCUCAAGAAAAUCUGGUCCUACAACGAUGUCUACAACGAUGGGAAGCCCACUCAAGGCGGCUUUGCAGGUUCCAUGGUCGUCGAUCAAAAGUUUGUGGUGAAAAUCCCGGAUGGAAUGAACCCAGAGCAGGUGGCGCCGCUGUUGUGCGCAGGGGUGACAGUUUACAGUCCAUUGAGGCACUUUGGGUUGAUGGAGAGUGGGCUAAGAGGAGGGAUAUUGGGACUAGGGGGAGUGGGGCACAUGGGGGUCAAGAUAGCCAAAGCCAUGGGCCAUCAUGUAACCGUCAUCAGCUCUUCUGAUAAGAAAAAAGUGGAGGCUUUGGAACAUUUAGGUGCCGAUGAAUACUUGGUCAGCUCCGACGCUGAAGGGAUGCAAAAGGUGGCUGAAUCGCUAGACUAUAUCAUCGACACCGUGCCUGUUUUUCACCCUCUUGAGCCUUAUAUCUCAUUGUUGAAACUCGAUGGAAAAUUGAUCCUCACCGGUGUUAUUAACACGCCUCUUCAGUUUGUUAGCCCCAUGAUCAUGCUUGGGAGGAAGGCAAUUACUGGGAGUUUUAUAGGGAGCAUGAAGGAAACAGAGGAAAUGCUAAACUUCUGUAAAGAGAAGGAUUUGAGCUCGAUGAUUGAAGUGGUGAAGAUGGAUUAUGUGAACACAGCAAUGGAGAGGCUGGAGAAGAACGAUGUUCGGUACAGAUUCGUGGUGGAUGUUGCUGGAAGCAAGCUUGAUCAAUAGAACAAACAAACUCCUUUCAACUAUGAAUUAUAUAUUUCAUCAACAAAGAAAUACUUGUUUAAAUAUGACUACUUCAAAUGGAAAUGACUGCAAUUUCCCUUUUCCCUAUGGCAAUAAAAUCAAAUAGAGAGUUUCUUCUUUUUC